CAUCUCACUUUUUACACGCCCCUCUCACUCUGACGCAAAGUGGGAUAGACUCUGCGCGCUUUAGUUCAAUCGGGCUACACUGACCAGGUUGACUGACUCCUGACGCCCAACAAUGCAGACCGAGCCACAAAAGUUUGGAAAGUUGUCUUUGUGCACGGGGCAGGCGGUGAGGGGUCUCAGGGGUGACAGCAGCAUGGAUCAGGCUACAAGUUUCUUCUCUGCAUCCCUGUGGAAAGUGAUUUGAAGAGUCAGGAGACAUGAACAGCCUUGCCGCGGUGCCACAGGAGAUCAUUUAGUCUCUCCAUACUGGAUUUAGCACGAGCUCUGUUUACAUCUGAACUCAGUUUUGAGGGAAAUUUUCCUUUUUUUAUAAUUUUUUUUUGCUUUCAGUCGAGUUGUGUUUUGUUUGGUGCUACUUUUGGAUAAUCACCUACAGCGCGGAGUCACUUUUGGAGACGUUGGGUCGGAAUUACGCACGGGAUUCCCCAAACAAAUGACAGCUUCUAAGUGGUUUGUUGCUCCCUCACUUCAUCCCCUCAGCUCCCUGCAUCGCACCGAUCCAUCGACCCCUCACCAGGUUAGGUAGACGCGGGCAGUGAAAGCCUCUCUGUCUCUUCCAGUGCGCCGGCGUGCGGCCGCGGGCCUCCUGGCCGAGGAUGUGGGGAGGAGGUUUCCCGAUGUAUGUCACCGUGAUUGUGACUCUACUCCUGGUCAUUAUCGACGUGAAAGCCAGCGGGGAGUAUUGCCACGGCUGGCACGACUCCCAGGGCGUGUGGAAGGAAGGGUUCCAGUGUCCGGAGAAGAUCGACGGGGAGGACGCGAUCAUCUGCUGCGGGAAAUGCGAGCUGCGCUACUGCUGCUCCAGCACGGACGCACGGCUGGAUCAGGGCAGCUGCGAUAACGACCGGCAGGCUCAGGAGCCCGGGACAGGGAGCAAGGAGAACAAGGACUCCGGUGCAGUGCCCAUCUAUGUGCCGUUCCUGAUUGUGGGCUCAGUGUUUGUAGCUUUCAUCCUGGUGGGCUCAGUGGUCGCUGUGUGCUGCUGCCGCUGUCUCCGGCCCAAACAGGAACUGUCAUCAGGAGGUGCGUCAGGAGGUGGGUCUGGCGGUGGUCGCCUCUUGGAAACCAUCCCUAUGAUGGCCAGUGCUGGGACCUCCAGAGGUUCAUCGUCCCGCCAGUCCAGCACGGCCACCUCGUCCAGCUCCUCCGCCCCACCUGCAGCACCCCGCCCCGUCCCCCCUCCCCUCAUGCGGGCUCAGGCGUCCUGCUGCCUGCCCCCUGAUGCCAGCGUCUUUGUCAACAUGCCCACUAACUUCUCCGUGCUCAACUGCCAGCAGGCCACGCAAAUCAUGCCACACCAGGGACAGUUUCUGCACCCACAGUACAUCGGCUACGCCCACCCUGUAUCCCCUGCCCAAGCCUACCUGGACCCCACUCAGGGAGGAUACAGACAACUCCAGUCCCCCUGCCCUCCUCCCACUGGUGGGUCCAGUGUCACCAGUGACCAGAAAUACCCUCCAGUGACUGUGUGAUGAGGGGCCAACCUGCAGACCACUCUGCCACUUUGUUGUGAAGUUUAACCUGUGAGGCCUGUGCCAGAGACCUCUUGGGGGGGACGCUGCCAGGGUGGAAAAAGAAAGGCAGGGAGUCAGACUCACAUGAAGGACUCAUAAAGCCCUUGAGGCAGCAGGGCCUGCCCUGUUAUUGUGUGUGGUGUGUGUCUGUUUAGUGUGUCAUAUGAUCUCUUGGCAAGUUUAAAUGAGCUAAGCUCAACCUAUGACGGGGUAAGAUGGAUCCAUAAACAAUGUCCUAUCUUGAUGCAAAGACAAAACUGCAUAUUGGAGGGUUAUACAGCCCAGAUGGGUAAUAAUGCACAGCUAACUGCAGCUCAAAUAAAGUCUGUACAUGUGUUUGUGUCUGCAUGUAUGUGUAUGUGAGAGCGAGAAAAAGAUUUGUUGGCUUAUAUGUGCGGGAAUGAGUGACGACUGGAUGAUUUAUAGCAGUGAACUGUAUAAAAAAUUGAUAUUCAAGCAAAAAAAAAAAAACUAUGACCACAUGCUGUGUUAAUGCCAUGUGCACAUCUGCACUUGUGAAUGGUUGUGAGUGGUUUAUACAAUACAGUUUGUUUGUGUUGAAAGCAUGAGGAAAGAAAGCAUGUGAAAAGAUGUUUGUGCUGUAUGUAUGUGCGUGUGAGGUCAGUGUGGAGUGUGGAGGGAUGUGGACGUAUGAGUAACUGUGAGUGAACUGUGUGUAAUGGGAAAUGCAGGUGGCGUGAUGUGAAAGGCAGUCGCAAUCUCCCUGUAGACCAUUUAAACUCUAAUGAAGUGAACACAGGACAUAGACUGUGACGCUCCACCCUACUAUACAACCCCCUUCCUACCACCCAAAAAGAAAACUAAAAAAACCCCCAACUGUCCAGAGUGGAAACACACUCACAGAUCCCCAAAAUGUUUUUAAAAAUAUAUUCAUGCAUGGCUGGCAGUUAAUGUACCUGACAAGUGUGUAACAGAGAAGGAGUGAGAGGCAGCUCUCUGAAGAUUACAGAGUUAAUUAUACAGUGACAAGUCUGCCAACUGCCCCCUUCACUUCUCUCCUGUGAGAGGUGUGUGUGUGUGUAUUUAACACUCCCACAGUUCAGUGCGUUAGCAGAGGGCACGGGCAGCUCCAGGGCAGCUUUGAGUCAUUAUUUUCCACUCAAGAAAGGAGCAGAAAUAGCAGUUAUUGGUUGUUAAUCUGAAGGAAAAAAAGAGAGUUUAAGUUGCAUUUUCUUUCAGCCAUCCUGUGUACUGUUGUGCGGCUGGGUUACUGGUAACUCAGUAACAUGCAACUUGAGGAAUGUGCUGCUCCACUGAGCGUGCAGCCUGAGAUGUCCCAUAGUACUGAAACCGCUACGUCUGUGUACCUCAUCUGUACUCCGAGCACGAUGUCUGAUAAGAUGCAGUCGGCAGCUUGUGUGUGUGACAAACGAGAGUAAAAAUUAUGUAUGAAAACUGGUCCAAUUUGAUGCAGGAGUGACAUUUUUCAUAUGAAUUCUAAAAAAAAAUAAACUUUUAAAUGGAAA